AUGGAGAACAGUGCCAGCAAGACGAUCAACUCAGAGGUGCGUCGUCUGGGCGGUGCCUACGGCGGCAAGAUCACCAAUCCGAUGCCGAUCGCCGCCGCCGCCGCCCUGGCGGCCGUCCGUCUCAACAAGCCAGUGCGCAUUGUGCUCGACAUCGAGACCAACAUCGCCAUGUGCAGCGGCCGGAUGCCUUACCUCGUCUCGUACGAGGCUGGCUUCGACGACACUGGCAAAAUCCACGGGCUCAAGAUGCACGUGAUAGCGAACGCGGGUUACACCAACACGGUGCUGAGUUUCAUCGAGCCGAGCCACGUCAUGCACAUGGUGAAGAGCGUAUACCGCGCGGACAACUGGAGCGUCACGCCCGGCACGGUGACCACCAACCAGCCGAUGUCCACCGCCUGCCGCGCUCCAGGUACCACAAACGCCAUCGCUGCUAUAGAGAUGGUGAUGAAUCACGUGGCCCACCAACUGAACAAGGACCCCUGGGAGGUGCGACAGGCAAACUUCGCUCUCCCCACUGCCGAAGUGCCCACGCCAAUGGGCACCGAACAGGACAACAAGGUGUUCUCCAUGAUGAUCAACGAGAUGUUCGAUAAAGGCGACAUCAAGCAGAGAAAAGCUGAGAUAAACGCCUUCAAUAAGGCCAACCGCUGGCGUAAGCGGUCGCUGGGCGCUGUUGCCAAUGUUGUACCCAGUCGGCACAAUGGCCAAGAUGAUCGUCGGUCGCCGCCCACCGCCCCCCGCCGGUAG